AUGUCAAUGCCUGCUUUAAAUUUGCAAGAAGGUCAGAUAGUUAAAGGCUUUGUCAAGACCAUAAAGCAUUUUGGUGCCUUUAUUUCUAUUCCGGGGCAAUCAAAGGAAGGAUUAUGUCAUAACUCAGACAUAAUCGAAUCGGGAAUUAAACUAAACAGAGGCGAUGAAGUUUUUGUGCGUGUAUUACGUAUAUCUGGAGAUGGGAAGAUCAGUUUGUCGAUCAAGGACGUAGAUCAAAGAAAAGGCUUGUUAAAAACUGUUGAUACAGAUUUGCAUACUGGUUUUAAACGUCGAAAUGAUAUGGAUGCAUGGGAAAGAAACCAAAUAAAUUCAUCUUACGGUGCCAAAAAGCAACGAAUAAUUAGAGGAAACACGGAAGAUCCUUUUGCCGAGGUUGAAAGUGAAGAUGAUGUGGAUACUGGAAACGAGAUUAUAGAGAUUCAGUUAAACACGGAGGUCCCGCAGUUUUUACAUCCUUACAAAGAUAAGCUAACCAGAAGUAUGAACAAAAAAACAAGUGCUCUGAUGGACAAACAAUCGACUAGAGUUCAAGGUAAACCAACUAUCGAGAAGAAAAUGGAUCCUAGAUCUGCAACUUUAGAUAAAAUUGCCAAAACGGGUAGUCAAAUAAUGAAAGAGUGUAAAUUACAAAAGCUUGAAAAAAGACUUAGUGAGGAGAAACGAAGGAGAGAGCUAAGCAAAAGUCAGUAUGUUGAUGAUCCUGUUGCUAAAGAACGGUUGGAAAAAGAACUCAAGCGCCAAGAAACUGAAGAAAUUGAAAAGUCUGCUAUUCUGGAAUGGAAAAGACAAUCAAAAGCACAAUCUUAUGGUAUCAAAUCCAAAAUAAGUAUACAAGAACAAAGGGAAUCAUUGCCUGUAUUUCAGGUCAGAGAAGACCUUUUAAAUACUGUGAGGGAAAAUAACUUUGUAGUUAUUGUCGGUGAAACAGGUUCUGGUAAAACUACACAAAUCACCCAGUAUUUGGCUGAAGGCGGCUAUGCUAAUGAUGGCAUCAUAGCUUGUACACAGCCUAGAAGGGUUGCCGCCAUUAGCGUUGCAAAAAGGGUUGCUGAGGAAGUCAACUGUAAAGUGGGUGAAGAAGUUGGUUAUAAUGUCAGAUUCGAGGAUUGUACCAGUAGCAAAACCAGAAUUAAGUAUAUGACUGAUGGUAUGCUGCAAAGAGAAGCCUUGGUGGAUCCUCUCAUGUCUAGAUAUUCCGUAGUUAUGUUGGAUGAAGCUCACGAAAGAACUGUUGCCACUGACAUAUUGUUUGCCUUGUUGAGAGACGCUGUUAUCAAAAGAAAGGGAACUCUAAAACUUAUAGUGACGUCGGCUACCCUAGACUCUACAAAAUUUUCCCAAUACUUUAACGACUGUCCUGUUUUCCAUAUAAAAGGGCGUACCUUCCCUGUGAAGAUAUACUACACCAAGACACCGGAAUUAGACUACAUUGAGGCAACCAUCGAUACUGUCAUUGAUGUUCAUACAAAUAAUCCACCUGGUGAUAUUCUUGUUUUCCUUACGGGUAGAGAGGAAAUUGAGACUUGUUGUGAAACCAUAGUUCAGAAAAUGAGUGUACUUUAUAAGGCAGAUCCCAAUCUCUCUGAGCUUAUUGUCUUACCAAUUUUCUCAGCAAUGCCUACUGAGAUGCAGAGUAGGAUUUUUGAGCCCACUCCUGAAGGAAAACGUAAGGUUGUCAUUGCGACAAACAUAGCAGAAACAUCUAUUACUAUCGAUGGUAUCUACUACGUCAUUGAUCCAGGAUUCGUCAAGGUUAAUGCUUAUGAUCCGAGGCGAAGUAUGGACUCACUCGUUGUUCAGCCGAUUUCAAGAGCCCAAGCCGACCAAAGAUCGGGUAGAGCUGGUAGAACGGGACCGGGUGUGUGCUAUAGAUUAUACACCAAAAAUGCGUAUUUAAGAGAGAUGCAAGCAAAUACUGUUCCAGAAAUUCUAAGGCAAAAUCUAUCACAUACAAUAUUGAUGCUUAAGGCGAUGGGAAUAAAUGAUAUUCUAAAUUUUGGUUUUAUGGAUAGACCAAAGGAAGAUUCAAUUUUGAAAGCUUUGGAGGAAUUGUAUAUUCUAGAAGCGCUAGAUGGUGAUGGAAGGCUAACGGAUGUUGGCAGGUACAUGGCGUAUUUCCCUAUGGAGCCAAUGCUAGCUAAAACUUUGAUCAAGUCAUUUGAAUUUGGCUGCAGCUAUGAAGUUAUCGAGGUGAUUUCUAUGUUGAGUGUCCCAGAUGUUUUUUAUAGACCACGUGAAAAGCGGGAACUUGCUGACAAAAUGAAGCAGCGUUUUGAUGAUUAUAACGGGGACCACUUAACUCUAUUAAACACUUACAAAAAGUGGGAAGCAAAUGGGUUUUCGAAAGAUUGGUGUACCGAAAACUUUGUCCAUGAGAAAUCGAUGAGAAAGGCAAGGGAUGUGAAGAAGCAGCUGAUAAAAUUAUUAGAGAAUAUCAACAAGAAAGAAAAGGGCAUCACAUUAGAGCUAGUCAGCUGCAAAAAUAAACUUGACCAAGUCCGUAAGGCCUUUGUGUCGGGAUUUUUCAAAAAUUGUGCCAAGAGAUCGACGAAUCAUGGGCAUAACGAUGAAAACGGAGCUUUUAGAACGUUGAUAGACAACAUAUCCGUCUAUGUACAUCCUAGUUCGUCUUUAUUCAGAGUUCCCGGUGUAGAAUACGUGAUUUACCACACCUUGGUUUUGACUAAUAGAGAGUACAUGCAUUGCACGACUAAGAUAGAUCCUGCAUGGCUCAUCCAAUAUGCGUCUGGCGUUUUCAGGAAAGCCAAUGAAGGUGAACUGAGUAUCUCCAAAAAGAGAGAGAAAAUCCAACCAUUGUAUAACAGAUUUGAUGUGAAUGAAAGUUGGAGAUUAAGUAAAAAUCGUAGAUGA